GUGUCAUAUCGAUAGCAUCCAUCGAUAUUUACUCGUUGAUAAGCAUUGGAAAAAAAUAUAUAAAUACAUUUUCGCAAAUAAACAAGAUUUCAGGGAUAUUCAAUUAAAUACAGAUCCCUCAGAAUGGAACGCAAUAAUGGACGCUACCCUUAUAUACGCCGCCAGGGCAGUGGACACAACAAUUAUCACCAUCACCACAACAACAAUUCAAAUUCCACAUCCUCGGCAGCAGGAUCAACAAAUGCAACACAAUAUAGCAAUCAUAGCAUUAACAACUCCCCCUCCGUCGUCAUGAGCACGGUGGCACAAAACAGUAAUGCAAUAUAUGCAGCGGCGGUACCGCCAUCACAAAAUUUGCCAAUUUCCCAGCAUGACGAAUUAAUUCGGUACAUACGGGAGGCAUGGAACAAGGUUUAUGAGCAGGGCACACCUGUAAUUUACUGCAAUGAAUCUGACAAUCAGUUGAAAAAUUUCAAGCCAUUUAAUUUGGAGGAGUAUUGGGGGCAGCGACUUGUCCAGAACAUACACGUGACGACAACAAAUGCCAGCGGACAUCAGUGAGAAUCGAGAAGAGACGACAAUGGCUUGUGUUAAAUGGUAGUACAUAAUAAACUAAAUUAAAAUUUUGUAAUCUGGGUGCCUAUUCCGUUUUCUUGACUUAUUCCCAUUGGAAUUUAAAUCUACCAAAAUUGUUUGCGACCUGCUUUGAACUAUUGGAGUGGUGUACACGGGUUAAUUAA